AUGACUGAUACUACGAAACUACCCUUGCCUCUCAAUCCUAUUAAAUCAAGCCCUUUGGAGGAAAGAAGAUUGUGGUUUGAUCUGCUCUUCCAUCGAUCUGGACCACAAGCUGGUCAGCCAAGAGGUUAUGCUUUUGUAACAUAUGUGACUGUUGAAGAUGCUGAGAAAGCCAAAAAAAUUCUACAUAAUGCUAAAUUAGGGUCUAAGAAUGUCAUCGUUCGUUGGGCUCACACCGUUUCUGAGGUGGAAAAUGACAAGGCAAAACCACUGAUUGACAUUCCAGCUCUAUCAGGUGCCAAAAAAGAAGAAAAAAAAAUAAGUCGAGAAAUAGCGAUACAAGCAAUUGAAGCCAAAUUGAAAUUAAUGAAAGAAUGUGAAGAAGAAUUCGAAUUAAACAAACCUCUAGUUGGUAAUCCAAUAAUUCGGCAGUACCAAAAGCCUGAAACGCCAAAACCAUCAUCAUCAAGCAAACACUAUCUCCAUCGACAUCACCAAAAUCGUCCAUACUCCAGAUCGAAGCCGAGAAGAUAA